AUGGCCGAGGUUCAAAACUCCAACCCUACCAUCCUCAGCGCAGCAGACCUGCCCACACGGUCCAGAUCCACCGAGAAGAAGCAAGGCGAUCACAAGCUCGGCAUCUUCGCCGCAGUCCCCCAACCCGCCGAUUUCUUCUCGUCCGAUUCAGAAGGAGACGAGGACCUGCUAGAGGAACCAAUUGACGAACAAGAAAUCUUCGUGCCCCAUCCUCCAGCCUCCAUCCUCCCGUUCCCCGUCCCCGUCCCCGUCCCCGUCCCCGUCCCUGUCCCUGUCCCUGUCCCCACGGCCCCCAUCGCAGUGUCAAUCGAUCGAUCGAUUCAUAGCUCUCGACAAAGUACAGAGUACAGAUCACAGACUAACCCACAAUGGCCCCUGUCCACCAACUAUGCAGAUCUCAUCAAAAACAUCUCAGACCCCGAACAUCCCCUCUCCCUCGGCGAAUUAGCCGUUGUCUCACUACCAGACAUAUACAUCAAGCCAACGCUCCCUGCGGUCCCCAACUCGCCGCUGCAAACAGUCACUGUGCUCAUCACCCCCACUAUCACCCACUGCAGUCUAGCCACCGUCAUCGGCCUCGGAGUCCGAGUGCGCUUGGAACAAUCGCUCCCACCGCGGUUCCGAGUCGACGUACGGAUCAAAGAGGGUACGCACAGUACCGGCGAUGAAGUGAAUAAGCAAUUGGGAGAUAAGGAGCGGGUUGCGGCCGCGUUGGAGAAUGGUGCGUUGAUGCAGGUGAUUGCGAAAAUGAUGGAGACUUGUCAGUGA